AGUGUUAGCUUUCUUUUCUCAUCGUUGUCGAAGCAAAGAAAUGGAGGUGCGAGUGAUUGUGUUGGUGGUGACCAUGGCGAUCGCCGCCGCGUGCUGCGCCACCGGCGGCGUAGCCGCAACGACGACGACAUCACGGCUCAAGGGCCUGCGCGUGCACCUGACGCACGUGGACGCGCACGGCAACUACUCGAAGGAGCAGCUGUUGCAGCGGGCGGCGAGGCGGAGCCGCCACCGCAUGUCGAGGCUCGUCGCGCGGACGACCGGCGUGGCGAUGUCGUCGUCGAGCAAGGCGGCCUCCGGCGGCGUCGGCGGGGCGGACCUGCAGGUGCCGGUGCACGCCGGGAACGGCGAGUUCCUGAUGGACGUGUCCAUCGGCACGCCGGCGCUGGCCUACUCCGCCAUCGUGGACACCGGCAGCGACCUCGUGUGGACGCAGUGCAAGCCGUGCAAGGACUGCUUCAAGCAGUCGACGCCGGUGUUCGACCCGGCGUCGUCGUCCACCUACGCCACCGUGCCGUGCUCCAGCGCCUUCUGCAGCGACCUCCCCACCUCCAAGUGCACGUCGGCGUCCAAGUGCGGCUACACCUACACGUACGGCGACUCCUCGUCGACGCAGGGCGUCCUCGCCACGGAGACCUUCACGCUGGCGAAGUCGAAGCUCCCCGGCGUCGUCUUCGGCUGCGGCGACACCAACGAGGGCGACGGGUUCUCCCAGGGCGCGGGGCUCGUCGGCCUCGGCCGUGGCCCGCUCUCGUUGGUGGCCCAGCUCGGCCUGGAGAAAUUCUCCUACUGCCUCACCUCCCUCGACGACACCAGCAAGAGCCCCCUCCUCCUCGGCUCCCUCGCCGACAUCUCGGAGAGCGCCGCCGCCGCGUCGUCGGUGCAGACCACCCCGCUGAUCAAGAACCCGAGCCAGCCAUCCUUCUACUACGUGUCCCUCAAGGCCCUCACCGUCGGCUCGACGCGCAUCGCCCUCCCGGCCUCGUCCUUCUCCGUCCAGGACGACGGCACGGGCGGCGUCAUCGUGGACUCCGGCACGUCCAUCACCUACCUGGAGGUGCAGGGCUACCGCGCCCUGAAGAAGGCGUUCGCGGCGCAGAUGGCGCUGCCGGCGGCGGACGGGUCCGGGGUCGGCCUCGACCUGUGCUUCCAGGCGCCGGCCAAGGGCGUCGACCAGGUGGAGGUGCCGAAGCUGGUGUUCCACUUCGACGGCGGCGCCGACCUGGACCUGCCGGCGGAGAACUACAUGGUGCUGGACGCCGGCUCCGGCGCGCUGUGCCUGACGGUGAUGGGCUCCCGGGGCCUCUCCAUCAUCGGCAACUUCCAGCAGCAGAACUUCCAGUUCGUGUACGACGUUGGCCACGACACGCUCUCCUUCGCGCCCGUGCAGUGCAGCAAGUUGUGACGUACGCGAGCGGUACGUACGUGCGUAUAUAUAUACCUCUCAUCAUCUAACAGGACGGCUUGACGAAUAUGGAUCUGUGUACGUACACGUGGAUGGCUACCGAUCGAUAUGUGAUCAUCGAAUUGUUUAAUAGUAAUUGUUUGGCACUUUUGCUAUUUAUCAAAUGGUUGAUUUUUUAUUUCUUUGUUAAACGUGCACGUAACGUAUAGGGGCUAAAGGAUAGACGUGUAUGAGAUUUUUAAGUUACGUGUAUGUGUUUAGAUUACCAUCCAUGACUGGAUUUAAUGGAUGAAAUUAAAUUUUUCAAACAUUUCAUCACUAAA